UGCUGCUGGUCUCAGACCGGCCAGGAAGGCAUCCAUCUGGUGUGUGUGUGUGUAUGUGUGUGUAUGUGUGUGUGUGUGCGUGUGUGUGUGUCGCUCCUUGGGAAGUGCAGUCCACGGGUUGUGUUGCACUCACACAGAAAGUAACGGGGGAGCCGAGUGGAGCAGCAGCAUCAGGUUCCAUAGAGCAGCAGGUCUGGGGUGUCUCCUCGUCUAACCUGCCUCCAGCAGGUGAGAGGCCGAUGCACCGGUGAUCCAGGCCGGUCACAGUGCACCGGAGGAGGGGCUGAGGUCUGGGAGGAGGAGGAGGAGGCUGCUGGAGCUGUGGUUUCUAGGUCGAUGAUAAUGAUGAAGGCUGUGCAGCCGCUCAUGCCGGAUGGGGACCGGUUUCUUUGUGUCAAGUGUCAUCAUCUCAACAUCACACAGCGAUAGCCAUGUCUUCCAGCUCAGCGAUGGUGCGGAUCCUGAUAAAGGGUGGCAAGGUGGUGAACGACGACUGCACCCAGGAGGCCGACGUCUACAUCGAGAACGGCAUCAUCCAGCAGGUGGGGAAGGAGCUGAUGAUCCCCGGCGGGGCCAAAGUGAUAGACGCCUCUGGAAAACUGGUCCUCCCCGGUGGCAUCGACACCAGCGUCCACCUGGAGGAGAACUUCAUGAAUGCCACCACGGCAGACGACUACUACAGCGGCACCAAGGCUGCUCUUGCCGGUGGCACGACAAUGGUGAUUGGUCACGUUCUGCCAGAAAAGAAUGAGUCUUUGCUGGAAGCCUACGAGAAUUGCCGCAGCUUGGCCGACUCCAAAACCUGCUGUGACUACGCUCUGCACGUGGGAGUCACUUGGUGGGGCCCAAAGGUACAAGCUGAGAUGGAGAAGCUGGUGAGAGAGAAAGGGGUGAACUCCUUUCAGAUGUUCAUGGCCUAUAAGGACAUGUUCAUGCUGAGAGACAGCGAGCUCUUCCAGGCCCUGCAGCACUGCAAGGACAUCGGAGCGAUCGCCAGAGUCCAUGCUGAGAACGGGGAACUGGUGGCAGAGGGUGCAAAGGAAGCACUGGACCUGGGUAUCAGUGGCCCUGAGGGGAUUGAAAUUAGCAGACCUGAAGAGUUGGAAGCAGAGGCGACCCACAGGGCAAUCACCAUCGCCAACAGGGCCCACUGCCCGAUCUACCUUGUGAAUGUGUCCAGCAUGUCUGCAGGAGAUGUGGUUGCCACAGCCAAGAUGCAAGGUAAGGUGGUCCAUGGGGAAACAACCACGGCCCACACUGUGCUGAACGGUAUGCAGUACUAUCAUCAGGACUGGGCCCACGCUGCUGCCCAUGUUACCGUGCCUCCUCUCCGCCUGGACCCCUGUACCCCCAAUUUCCUAAUGAGCCUGCUGGGAAAUGACACUCUGAAUGUUGUGGGGUCCGAUCAUCGUCCAUUCACCAUCAAACAGAGAGCCAUGGGUAAGGACGAUUUCACAAAGAUCCCCCACGGGCUCCCUGGCAUACAGGACCGCAUGAGCGUCAUCUGGGAGAAAGGAGUGAUCGGGGGUAAGAUGGAUGAGAAUCGCUUUGUAGCAGUCACAAGCUCAAACGCAGCCAAGAUCUACAACCUCUAUCCCAGGAAAGGCAGGAUCAUCCCAGGAGCAGAUGCUGAUGUGGUGGUCUGGGACCCCGAGGGAUCAAAGACCAUUUCUGUGGACAACCAGGUCCAGGGAGGAGAUAUGAACCUGUAUGAGGGCCUCCGUUGUCACGGUGUUCCCCUGGUUACCAUCAGCCGUGGGCGACUGGUCUAUGAAAAUGGCAUGUUCACAUGUGCUGAAGGCUCUGGAAAGUUUUGCCCCCUGAGAACCUUCCCGGAUUAUCUUUACAAGAAGAUGGUUCAGAGGGAAAAGUGCCAGGCGGUGAAAGCUGUGGAGCGGGAGCCGUACACAGGGGACGUUGUUGCGGUGGCCAACUCAGGAAAGAGGGACUUUGGGGCAUCAGAUGUGGACACUCCGACGCGCCCCUGCACCAGGCACGGGGGCUUGAGGGACCUCCACGAGUCCAGCUUCAGCCUGUCUGGUGCCCAGGUCGAUGACAACAUUCCAAAGAGGUCCUCGGCCAGGAUCCUCGCUCCCCCUGGAGGCAGGUCCAGCGGGAUCUGGUGAGUAAUCAGGAGGACGUCACAUGAAGCGGAAGAACGAUACCUGAGGGAAACAUUUGGCCAAGCAAGACGACUUUGUUUUUCUUUCUGGAAGCUUAGUGUAUUUGUGGGGUAAUGGAGUCAUGUUUUCAUGAGUUAUUUAGGACUGUAAAACAUUAAACUGUAUACAUUGCCGUAACAAUAAUGGAACAUGGAGUCAACCAAGGAAAACCUUUGUUAAGCGAUUACAGCUACCAAAUUUCAGUCAAAUGUUUCCCAAAAAAUAAGCAGAAAAUAAAAAAGAACAUGCCAAUGAAUUAAUGUGGCUGUUAGAUGUGGUUAGAGGGGGAAUACUGUAACUAACUCAUAGUUUUAGGAAGGUGAGUCAUGAUUUUUACGAUGCGACUGUGUUACCUCACUGUAAAAUACGAUUUUGCACUUGUAUCAUGUACUAUUUAGAUGCCUUUUUACAUGAUUUAAUGUCACAAAUGUCACAAAUGUCUUUUUAACUGCGCGUCAUGGUGAAUGAAAUGUGAAGGAUUAUUAAAAGGGUGUCGGCAUGACAUUAAUAUGUCAGCACAUAAAAAAUAAAACAAUGCAAUUGACCGAAUAAUGAAAAACAACGUAAUGCAAGUUAACCUUUUACAUGUGUUUGUUAAUUUAUUUUUUAUACUGUAUCAUUUGAGCUUUCUCCGUUUGAUGCUACUGUGUUGAAUUAUUUAAAAAAACACUUAGGUUCAGUAAUUUAUCGUCUUCAGAUUAGCAUUUCAGCUCAUGUUUACAGACUUCUGUUCCACCCCCUACUGAAUGUGAAUGAACCUACGCUGUGUGCACUGUGCAUGGUAGCAUAGCUUGAGCUAAUGUCACAGAAUCCUCUUGUGGUCAAAUUCAUUUUCCACAGCGAGCAAAGAGUCUCACCCAAACUGCCUUUUUCUCACCUGAGAACACUGACACCCUCAAACACACCUCUGCAACCUGCCGCUACAGGUCGUGACCUCUGACAUGUUGACUGCUGUCAUUUGUGUUUCUUUUCUUUUUUUGAUUCGUUCUGAAACUGCGGCGUUUAAAACAUUCCCUCACUGACACCUCAGAUGUAAUGUACCACUGUGAAGCACAGAGAAGGUGAAGGGAUCCUCUUUAGGAUUCACGUAGAGAUGUUUGUCGAUGGAUGCUGUUUUUUUCAGGAUCGUAACUUGUUCUCAACCUCUUUGUUUUCAUUGUUUGUGCUUAGUUACAGAUCUUUUUUUGUGAAUAUUUGUCUUAGUCUCUGAUUUUGUUGUUAUUUUUGUCACAACUCCACAGUUAGCAGGGUUGCACACGAGAUUUAGCUCAAUGUUUAGACCCAGUUAUGUUCCGAAGAUGCGUGAUACAGUAAAAGUCCCACAACGCUUUUUUAUUUCACUUUUUUAUUUUUAGAAGCUCCAGCAAAUGUUGUGUUGUUUCCUCCUCCCUCCCAAAUCUACACCGGUGCUGAACAAUGUGUUGUCACAUUGAAUUCUGUUUAUCUCUCUAGUUUUUCUUGCAGCUCUUUAUCACAUGAUUUGAGUGCAAAUAAACCACAAGGAAAUCCUCA